GAAACGGAAGUCGUCUCUCGGGCAGAGACAGCAGCCUCGGCUCGGUCGGUGACAGCAGCAACCGUUACCGCUGACAGCUAACGUUAUUUCGGGUCUGGCCGCCGCGGGUUGGCACACUUCGUUUCUUUCUUCGUUUGGAAAAUAAACACUAUGGCGGCCGCGGAUCACCGGUUCUCGAGUGACGGCGGGCCGGCCAGCAGAGGAGGGUUCCCGGCCGGGGAGAGCAGCAACGACCGCGACGGUUCGGGUGGCGGCAGCGGGGAGAGCGAACGGGAGCCGGAUCGAGCCACCUUCGAGUGCAACAUUUGCUUGGACACUGCCAGGGACGCCGUCAUCAGUCUGUGCGGACACCUGUUCUGCUGGCCCUGUCUUCAUCAGUGGUUGGAGACACGGCCCAGCCGACAGCAGUGUCCCGUGUGCAAGGCGGGCAUCAGCAGAGAGAAAGUAAUCCCGCUGUACGGCAGAGGGAGCUCCAGCCAGGAGGACCCCAGGUUGAAAACUCCACCCCGGCCUCAGGGACAGAGAACAGAGCCCGAGAGCAGAGGCGGGAUGUUCCGCGGUUUCGGGGACACCGGCUUCCACAUGUCUUUCGGCAUCGGCGCGUUCCCCUUCGGCUUCUUCACAACAGUCUUCAAUGCCAACGACCCCUUCCACAGAGCAGAUCAGUACGUCGGUGACCACCAGGGCAAUGGCGACGGCAAUGGCAACAACGGCAAUAACAACUGGCAAGACUCUCUAUUCCUGUUCGUCGCCAUCUUCUUCUUCUUCUGGCUGCUGAGCGUGUGACGCAGACCUGGUGGCGGACACACGAGUGAUUAUUGAUGUCUGGGAGGGAGGGGCGCAUUAAACAAACAAAAAAAACAAAACGGCAAACACAACUCGCACACUUAACCCGAGCCACAGACACACACUCGCGUUACAUUUUCUAACCGGAGGGGGUAGAGGGAGGUUUGUGUUUGAGACCAUGAAUACAGCAGUUUGAUUUUUCUCUUCCUCACUAUAUCAGAUCACUUCAGGACACCCCUCUCCUCCACCUGCUCUUUAUUUAUGCAAGAAAUUCACUGGAAAGUAGUGCAGCACCUGUCCCCCAACGCGAGUUAGCCCUCCCAGUGUGCACACAGCUGUAGAUGGAUGCACAGAGAGCAUUAAGAGGCAGUAUUACAUGAUCAGGGGGAGCUACGUCGCGAGAUCUUGUUCGUCUUUUGGUGUCCAGUGUUGCAGAAGAAGAAAGCUGGGUGGAGCAGUCUUUAGGAAAGUGGGUUUUCCUGAAACACAGAGAGAAAGGGUUUGAGAGGGGUUAGAAUACAGGGAGGGGGUAGGUCUUUCUUUAAAAAGGCCAAAGAGUAGCAGAUCGUUCACGCAGGAUGGAUGGUGGAGGGUGAAUAAUUGCGUUCCUGUUUACAGCUUCCUCCUGAAACGUUCUCGUAGAAUUGGCGACAGACAGAAGCGGCCCUGUGGGAUGCUUUUGUUUUUUGUUUUUUUUUUCCUUCUUCUUCUAAACAUUUUGUCUUAACAAAAACUGCCUUCGCACUGUGAAGCUGUCUGUAGUCGGAGCUGCCCUAAACCUCGGGGCGCGUGCCGUUGUCGGACCACUUGUUCCUUGUAGUUCCCUGCGUGUUUGGGGAAAAAUGGGCCGGUUAGGUUGUUUUUCAUGCCCACGUCAGCUACUUUAAAGGGUAUGAGGUGCACAGUUAACAAAAGGGGGCAGAAUAAAUCAACAUGCAGGAUUGAAGAGCAGCAGUUUGGUGAGCCGUUCUCCUCCCCUCACACGUGAUUUAAAAAAACAAAUCUAAAAUACUUCCUUUGAUUUUUCCUGACUGUAUGUGUCUGAGUGUGUGUGUGUACAUUCUGUAUUUGUACAUAUGGAUAUUGUAAAUGCUGUUUUUAUGUAUUUCUGACUGGAGGACCAGCCGUGGAGAGCAAAAGAGGACAUGUGGGUCUUGAGAUGCUUCUUGCUUUUCAGAGCUCAUUUGAUUAAAAAAGUUAAUAAUCCUCCUCCUGAGAAAGCAGACUGCUGUUGCCCCGCUAAUGUGAUGAGUUGACGAGGCUUGUAGUUCUUUUGACUGUACAGCAGAGUAACUGACACAAACUCAUUUUAAUGUUUAAAAAUGUGAAGUGCAAAGUGUUGAAAGACCCCCGAUUUCAUUUUUUUCUUGAAUAUUCUACUCAAACAUGGGACUAAAUAAACGAAUCAGUCGUAUAGCGCUUUAUGCUUCAUGUUUUUCCCACAUCAGAAUCUCCCACAGGUUUGCAGAAAUCAACUGUACUCAAGUGUGAGCUACUAGGAGUCUGAUAAGCACUUCUUCCCCUCUUCAGACCCACCUCACACUGAAAGGCUUCUUUUAACUUUACAGCACGCAGUGAGCUCUGCCUGAGAAUCCAGAAUGGCUCGAGCCGAGCUCCGCUGAUCUGCAUCCAGGUCUUUAGCACUUUCAGGUUCACAUCGGGGUCAGAGAUAAAAGCGGGUCCUCUGUAGCUGCCCAGGGCUCAUCCUCUUUCAACACUUGAUGUUGUGAGGCUUAUGUGACACUAAAUUAAGUGAUGGAAGUCUUUGGAGAAACAUGGAGACGUAGUGCAAAACCAAAAAUGAACUAAGAUUAAAACAUGGUCUCGUUCUGUGUCGUCAUUUUUGUAUCUUAUUGAUUUGGGCAAUUAAACAACUGACUUAAUUUACAGAAAAUGUUCAAGUUAUUCAUUGAAAGCUUCUCAGAUGUGAUCAUUUGCUACAUUAAAAGCUGACCUGUUGUAAUUUUC